AUGUCUCUUCCGUACGCAGCGGACGCAGAGACCUCGCUCUCACCCUCCGAGCUCCAGGUGCUCAAAUCCCAGUACGAGACCGAACUCGCCGCCGGCCACGUCACCACCCAGACCAAGUUCAACUACGCAUGGGGCCUCGUGAAGAGCAAGCAGAGAGCAGAGAUGAGCAUCGGCGUCGGUCUGUUGACCGAGAUCUACCGCGCAGAUCCUCCCCGGAGGCGAGAGUGUCUCUACUACCUCUCGCUCGGUCACUACAAGAUGGGCAACUAUGACGAGGCGCGCAGAUUCAACGAGGGUUACAUCGGUAUGGCGUUGAUCGGCGGUGCAGCUGCCGUAGCGAGUAUCGCCAUCGCAGGUCUCAUGCGUCGCGGACGUCGCUAG